UCAAAUUAAAAUUCGUUCUUUAGUCUAUUAGAACUUUAGUCAGAGAUUAGAGAAAUCGUCCAACUGGCGCUUAAAAGCGCUACCGCGAGAGUAGAGAAGAAUAGAGAAAAUUUAAUGAUUUAAUGUUGAACCAAUCGGUUAAACAGAUUACCUUUGAGUUAUUCUUUUGGGAUAUCAAUAGUUUAUUUUUAUUUGCAUUUGAAAUUCGAUAUAUUCACAUUUACCAAAUUAAUAGUAGUUUUAUUUUAUGUCACUCACUUUAACCGACUGUCAAGAUAAACACGUAUAAGAUGCAGGUUUCAUUGCUGCAUCGAUGCACCAAGAUGGUGUUGCUGAAGAAGCAGGUGAGGCGCAAGGGCUGGCACCUGAGGAGUUACAGACACCAGGCCUAUCGGCGGCUGCGCAUGAUGAGCCAGAUCCGCGAUGAGCUGCUCCGUAAGGUGCGCAAAGCAAUAGAGGCCAGGCAGAGAGAUAUGGAACAGGUGCAAAGGGAUCAGGCAAGGCAUGAGGUCGCCAGAACGGUAGCCACAUACAAGAGAUGGCUGCACAGUUGGUCCAAGUCGCUGUUGUCGCAACGCCGGCUGAUCGUGCAGCAGAGGCAGGAGGAACGCACCCAAGCCCAAGUGGCAAGUGGCAAGUGGCAAAUAAUCUGAAUUGGAACGAAUCGUACCCAGAUUGGAAUAUGAUUUUCUUACAAUUCUGGUGGACUCUGAUGGUGCUGGGUGG